AUGUCGCCCAGCGAGGCUGUAGGCCGGUUGGGGUUCAGCAUGCGCAGGGCACGUCGGAGGGCCGAGGACACCACUUCUCCCUGCUCCAGAGAGCGAACCCUUUCGCUGUUGCUACUCUGUUGCCCGAGGUCGGCCGACCCUGACCGGAUGGCGUCACCCAAACCCCUAGCAGCCGCUCCGCUUCAUCCGCUCCAGCCCAUUCGAAGCUUCCUGUCCCCACUGCUCCAAUAUUGGCUCCCAACGGAUCAGUGUUGUAUCGUCAGCAUAACCAAGAUAGCCAAGCUGGUGCCCGUCCUUCUCCAGCCCGAGCCCCUUCCUUUCCACCUCCAAGGCCAACGGCUCCACUGCACACAGGAAGAGACCCUUUACCCAACCAACAAAUCGCUCCGGAAACCCCAUGGAUCCCAACACCUGGAACAGGAACCGCUGCAACCAGAUCCAGUCUUCCCUGCUGCCGCCGGUAGAGACGAGAGCGAUGGCUGGGAAAUCUCCUUGUGCAGCAUAAACGGGAUCAGCAAAAUAGCGACGGAGCGCAAACCGGAACCAGCCUCCUUAACCACGUCGAUGAUCAUCUCGUCGUCAGAGUCGUCAUCGAUGAAACCGUCUUCAUCCGAGCCUGAGCGCUGA